CAGUUCUCGUUCAGAAAUGCAGAAAACCAGAAUACACACGGCUUUCCUGAGAGAGUUUUCAGCAGAGGAUCAAGAGAAGAGCGUCACAGUUACUGAGGAAGAAAAAGAGGAAGCAGACAGACAAACUGCUGGAGGUAAAUAAUUCAUCUGACAGCAAAGAUGCAGUGGAGUCUGAUUCUGCUCUUCCUGAUGGCUCAGUGUUGCUUCAUGGACUGUCAGCUCUAUCAGUUUCUCUACAUUAAUGAGAAUAAGACCUGGACUGAAGCUCAGCAGUACUGCAGAGAGAAUCACACUGACCUGGUCACAGUGACUAACAUGAAGGACAUGGAGAGACUCCUCAGCAUCUCAGCUGGAGAUUGGAUGGACGCUUGGAUUGGUCUGUAUGAUCAAACAGAAGGUGACAGAAGACAGUACUGGUCUCUGCCUGGAGUGGAGUUUGAUGACAACGAGACAAUAUGGAACCCAGGAGAACCUAAUGUUUGUGGAAAACGGGAGAAUUGUGGGUUAUUGGUAAAUACUUCUAAAUGGGGAUAUGCGAGUUGCUCUAUCCAAAGAUAUUUCCUCUGCUACAAUGACACUAAUACAUCCCAUAAAUAUCACCUGAUUAAAGAGAGGAAGUCCUGGCAGAAAGCUCAGAGUUACUGCAGAGAGAAUCACACAGACCUGAUCAGUGGAACGAAGCAGCUACAGGAUGAAGAAGUGGAAAAAGCGAUGAAGUCUACACACAGAAAACCAUUCAUUGGUCUAUUCAGAGACACCUGGAGGUGGUCAGAUGGAAGCAGUUUCUCUUUCAGACACUGGAAUAAAAACUUUAAAAAUGUAGAACACAACAGAGAUCAAUGUGUCAUGGCUGUGCCUAGUGAUAAAGGCAGAUGGAAGAACGAGAGCUGUAAUGGCAAGAAACCCUUCAUCUGUUAUGAUGAUAACGUGAUCCUGAUUAAAGAAAAUAAAACCUGGGAGGACGCCUUGACCUACUGCAGAGAUCACCACCAUGACCUGGUCACCAUCACCAACAUGGAUGAUCAGAGGUGGAUCCAGGAGAAAGUCAAGAAUGCAUCGACUGAUUAUGUCUGGAUUGGUUUGCACUACGCCUGGACUCUUCAUUUCUGGUUCUGGGUCAGUGACGAGGUGGUCAGCUAUGAGAACUGGGCCUCAUGUCCAAAGAUGGACAACUGUGAUGUGUCUGGAGCCAUGGAAACGAGAGGAGGACAUAAGUGGCUGGAAAAAAAAGACAGCGAGACGUUUAAUUUCAUCUGUUCUAAAUACUGAGAUGUUAGCCUUUGGCUUUUGAUCGUUUUGUUCCCAAAGUUAAGUUUAAAAUUUCAGCUCUGGAAAACACCAAGAGCCCCUGCACUGAACCCCAAUGAAAACUUCCUGGUUAUUCCACCAAAUAUUGAUCUCAAAACAUUAUAUUGUUUUUUCUCAAUG